UGCCAGUCUCUAGAAAGCAUUAAUUCGCGCAUCCACAUACGUCAUCGGCUUCAUCACCCACUUUUUCCUAUAUAACCAUGUCGCAUGGCUUUGUUGAUGACAGACCACCACAAGCUUGCCUUUGGUUGUGCCUAACAGAGAGAGAGAGAGAGACAGACCGAUAGCCUCCUCAUUCACUAUGGCGAUCCGAUCGCCAGCUUCGCUGCUGUUAUUUGCGUUUCUGAUGCUUGCGCUCACAGGAAGACUGCAGGCCCGGCGCAACUCAUGCAUUGGCGUCUACUGGGGACAAAAGACAGACGAGGGAAGCUUAGCAGAUGCUUGUGCCACAGGCAACUACGAAUACGUGAACAUCGCCACCCUUUUCAAGUUUGGCAUGGGCCAAACUCCAGAGAUCAACCUCGCUAGCCACUGUGACCCUCAGAACAACGGCUGCGCGCGCUUAAGCAGCGAAAUCCAGUCCUGCCAGGAGCGUGGAGUCAAGGUGAUGCUCUCCAUCGGAGGUGGCGGGUCUUAUGGCCUGAGUUCCACCGAAGACGCCAAGGACGUGGCGUCAUACCUCUGGCACAGUUUCUUGGGUGGUUCUGCUGCUCGCUACUCUCGACCCCUCGGGGAUGCGGUUCUGGAUGGCAUAGACUUCAACAUCGCCGGAGGGAGCACAGAACACUAUGAUGAACUUGCCGCUUUCCUCAAGGCCUACAACGAGCAGGAGGCCGGAACGAAGAAAGUUCACUUGAGUGCUGCUCCGCAGUGUCCUUUCCCGGAUUACUGGCUUGGCAACGCACUCAGAACAGAUCUCUUCGACUUCGUGUGGGUGCAGUUCUUCAACAACCCUUCGUGCCAUUUCUCCCAGAACGCUAUCAAUCUUGCAAAUGCGUUCAACAAUUGGGUCAUGUCCAUCCCUGCGCAAAAGCUGUUCCUUGGGCUUCCUGCUGCUCCUGAGGCUGCUCCAACUGGUGGCUACAUUCCACCCCAUGAUCUCAUAUCUAAAGUUCUUCCGAUCCUAAAGGAUUCCGACAAGUACGCAGGAAUCAUGCUGUGGACUAGAUACCACGACAGAAACUCCGGCUACAGUUCUCAAGUCAAGUCCCACGUGUGUCCAGCGCGUCGGUUCUCCAACAUCUUAUCUAUGCCGGUGAAGUCUUCCAAGUAAACCUGAACGGCGUAGAUGAUCGGUGGUCGAAAACUCCGAUCAUCAUGGGUCCCCCAACGUAUCCGUGCGUGCUACGUAUGGUGUUUCGCUUGUAUGUGGUCUUUUCAAUAAUAUAAUAAGGGGGUGGUUUUACGUAUCCA